AUGAGAACACGAAGCAAUUCAGGCGUCCGCCUGGAUUACUAUCAAAGAGUAGUGCAUAAGUUAAUUUUAGAUCAUCAGCAACCUGUAACGGGUUUGUUUCCAGCUAGCCCUCAAAAUGAUCAUGCAUGGAUUAGGGACAAUCUCUAUUGCAUUUUGGCAGUCUGGGGGCUAUCUAUGGCGUUUAAAAAGAUAGCUGACCAAGAUGAAGAUCGGGCUAAAACAUAUGAAUUAGAACAAAGUUGUGUAAAGCUAAUGAGAGGUCUUCUUAUGGCAAUGAUGCAGCAAAAAGAUAAAGUAGAAAAAUUCAAAAGUACUCAGCAUACUCAUGAUUCCCUUCACGCUAAAUACUCCUCCAUAACAGGUCGUACUGUUGUUAAAGACAAUGAAUGGGGGCAUUUGCAAAUUGAUGCCAUUUCACUGUACCUUCUUAUUUUAGCACAAAUGACUGCAUCGGGUUUGCAAAUAGUAUUUUCUCUAGAUGAAGUUGCAUUCAUUCAAAACUUAGUUUUUUAUAUUGAAUCAGCCUACUGUACUCCUGAUUAUGGUAUCUGGGAAAGAGGUGAUAAGACAAAUCAUGGUUUACCUGAACUCAAUGCUAGUUCUAUUGGUAUGGCUAAAGCAGCCCUUGAGGCUAUGAAUGAACUAGAUCUUUUUGGUGCUCGUGGAGGACCCUCAAGUGUAAUCCAUGUGUUAGCAGAUGAAGCUCAAAAAUGUCAAGCUGUUUUACAGUCAAUGUUGCCGAGAGAGUCAAAUAGUAAAGAAUUGGAUUCAGGACUACUUUCCAUAAUAAGCUACCCAGCAUUUGCUGUUGAUGACCCAAAUUUGAUAGCUAAAACAAGAGAUACAAUAGUAACAAAACUACAAGGGAAAUAUGGUUGCAAAAGGUUUUUGAGAGAUGGUCACAAAACACCUAGAGAAGACCCCAAUAGACUUUAUUACGAGCCUUGGGAGCUAAGAAUGUUCGAAAACAUAGAAUGUGAAUGGCCGUUAUUCUUCUGUUAUCUUAUACUAGAUUAUCACUUCCAAGGUGAUAAAAAUAAUGUUUCUGAAUAUAUGCAGAAACUUGAAAAAAUAAUGAUUAGAAAGGAUGAUGGCAUAAAAUUGGUCCCUGAAUUAUACUCAGUUCCUGGAGAAAAAGCUGAUUUAGAGCAAAAAGAACCAGGGAGUCAAGAAAGAAUACCAUUGGGGAGAUGCCCCUUUAUAUGGGCUCAAUCAUUAUAUAUUUUAGGAAAAUUGUUGCAAGAGGGUUUUUUGGCUGUUGGGGAAUUAGACCCUCUGAAUAGAAGACUUUGCUCUGAAAAAAAACCAGAUGUUGUUGUCCAAAUAGUAAUACUGGCUGAAGAUAAUGAGAUCAGAGAUAAGCUUAUGGAAUAUGACCUUCACGUUCAAACUAUCAGUGAAGUGGCUCCCAUUGAAGUACAGCCUGCAAGAGUUCUUAGUCACCUUUAUACAUACUUAGGGCGUAAUAAAAAAUUAGGAUUAUCUGGGAGAAAAUCUCGAGAUGUCGGCAUUCUGAGCACUAGUAAAUUAUACUCAUUGAAUGAGCGCAUAUUUGCUUUUACUCCUCAGUUCUCUGAUAUGAAGCGUUUCUACAUAGCUUCUGACAAUGAACUGAUGGUUGAUAUACUGAAAGCUGAAAUUGCUUUUUUGAAGUGUUCAUGGCAAAAUCUUCUUGGGCGACCACUUAUUGUUUUGACCUUGAAUAAAAUGAAUUUAGAUCAAGGUAAAAUCCCCAUGGCAAUGGUAACCACCAUGAAAAAAUUGAAAUCUGGUUACAUAAACGGCACGCGAGUAACACUUGGAAAUCUUGGUGAUUUCUUGAGUACAUCUGCCAUAACUAACUUGAGUUUUUUGGGAAGUCAAGAAGAUGGCUAUCCAGAUAAACUAAAUCCCCAGGUGCAAAGUUAUUUAGAAGAGCACUUACUGAGGUCCUUCAGUAACAAAUUUAGCUUUUUAUCGCGACCGUCUGGUUUAAAGAACGCGCGAGUUUUGCGACGCAGGAUGUCCGUACGUGGUGCUAUCAAGAAAACUCGAUCCAUCAAUGUGGAUUCGGAAACAUUAGGAAUGGAAGGUGAGUACGCGGGGCCGCACGUGCUGGAGCGCAAGCCCUCGUGGCUGGAGGUGGACCCCGCGUUCGGGCGCAGUCCCUCGCCCGAGGACGCGAAGAAACGGGCGUUCACGAAGGGAACGUCCACAACGAAUUUGGGGGUAGUGAUGCCGUCUAUUGAAAUAAGUAAAGAAGACACAUCUCCGCCUAAAGAGGAAUCGACAGUAAAGAACGUACCAUUACGGAACAGAACUAUAUCUGAGUCCCAAAGCCUGAUGUACGCGGAGCAAGAGACGGACGAGCUCAUAGCGAUGCUGCGUGAGACGGAGAGCCUGGACGAGCAGGGCGACAUCCUGCAGUACUUGGUGGACACGCACGGCCUCGAGUUCAGUACCGGCAUGCUAGAGAACGGCAAGCCGGUGACGGUGAAGGAGUUACUGAAAGCGCUGUACGAGAAGGCGUGCACGCAGAAGCUGUGGGGGCUGGUGCGGCACAGCGCCGGCAUGCUCGGCAAGCGCGUGGAGGACCUCGCCAAGGCCGUCACCGACCUGCUCGUGCGCCAGAAGCAGCUCACCGUGGGCAUGCCGCCCAGCAGCGAGCACACCAUCACCGCGCCGCUGCCCGAGAACGAGCUGCGGCAGCUCAUUCAUGUGGCGUACGGGGAUGACGAAAGUACAGCGAUGUUAACACAGGAGCUACUCGUGUAUCUCGCUAUGUUCAUACGAACGGAGCCUCAACUGUUCUUAGAGAUGUUGCGUCUCAGAGUUGGACUUAUCAUACAGGUAAUGGCGACAGAGCUGUCCCGCACGCUCGCCUGCGACGGCGAAGAAGCCUCGGAGCAUCUUCUCAACUUGUCACCUUUCGAAAUGAAGAAUCUUCUCUACCAUAUCCUCAGCGGCAAGGAGUUCGCUAUUAAUAGUGGAAAAUCCAACUCAAUGUUUGGUUUUAAGAACAAGUUCGAUAAGAAUAAAGCAUUUGGACGUGGUAAUAUCUCCAUAAUAAGCAACAACAAGUCAAAUCGGUAUACCAAGAAAUCUCAAAUUGUAUUGGAAGGGCAAGGUCUUCAGGGCAAUAUAGAUGAUGGUCCAAUAACGGAACCAGAUCGUCAAGGACAAUGGUUAAGACGAAGGCGCUUAGACGGCGCUCUUAAUCGCGUCCCAAGGGACUUCUACCAGCGCGUGUGGGCAGUUUUGGAAAAAUGCCAAGGUCUAGUGAUUCAAGGAAAAAUUCUUCAACCGAACUUGACACAAGAAAUGACAUCCGGAGAACUGAAGUUCGCUCUAGCAGUUGAGACGGUGUUGAAUUCAAUACCUCAGCCGGAAUAUCGACAGUUGGUCGUGGAAGCUCUCAUGGUCCUCACUUUGGUCGUGGAAUACAAAGCUGCCAUCCAUCUCGGUGAAAUGAUAACGGUUGAACAUUUGGUUCACAAAGCCAAUCAGAUAUUUUUGGAAGAUCAGAUACGUUGCGCCGGGGACGCGACGCUGUGCUGCGCCAAGGCGGGCGCGGGGGCGGCGGGCGGCGCGGGGGGCGGCGCGCUGGUGUGCGGCGGCGCGGGCGGCGUGUGCCAGCUGCUGUACGACAGCGCGCCCAGCGGCCGCUACGGCACCAUGACGUACCUGGCGCGCGCCGUGGCCGCGCUGCUGGCCGAGCGCGCCGCCGCGCCCGCCGAGUGCACUGUCACA